AUGCAUAAUACAAAUCAUGAAGAAAUUCGACAAAUGUUUUUACGUUAUGAUAAAGAUCGUAGUGGUUAUAUCACAAGAGAAAAUAUUUUUUAUUUAUUCCGACAAAUCAAUUUACCACUUGAUAAUGAUCUUGCCGAUGCGAUGACUGCCGAAUGUUCAACAAAUGAUCAAGGAAAAAUAAAUUUAUAUGAUUUUUUUAUGUUUCUUCGAUAA